UUGUAGUCGUAGGCUUGUAGAGUUGUAGCUACUACAUUAUUCAACCCAAAUUUUUUUGGAAGAAAUUAUCUCAAAUUCAUAAAAAUUAUUACGAUGGCUACCCUCGUUGCCCCUCAACAUGCUGAUCCCAUUGCUGAUGCUGAAGCCCUUAGGAAAGCUUGUGAAGGAUGGGGAACCAAUGAGAAGGGAAUUAUCGAAAUUAUCUGUCAUCGGAAUGCAGCCCAGAAAAAGCUGAUCAAGGAAGCAUAUGAAGAAAUGUACAAUGAAAAUCUUAUUCAGCGUUUUGAGAAAGAGCUUUCUGGGAAUUUUGAGAAAGCAGUAUAUAGAUGGAUGUUGGACCCUUGUGACCGGGAGGCUGUUCUAGCCCAUGAUGCAUUGAAGAAAGGUGAUUUCCGAGUAAUCAUCGAAAUCUCUUGCCUCUCAUCUGCUGAAGAACUGUUGGCAAUCAAGCGGGCCUAUCAGGUUCGAUACAACUAUAGCCUCGAGGAAGAAGUUGCUUGUCAUUACUCUGGUGACAUGCGCAAGCUGCUACUUCUUCUAGUUAGUGUUCACAGGCAUGAGACUCAAGUGUCAGACCCAAAAUUGGUUGAGAAAGAGGCUGAAAUCCUUCAAGAUUGUAUCAAAGAUAAGGAAUACAACCAUGAUGAGAUCAUAAGGAUCCUGACCACAAGGAGCAAGGCUCAUCUCAUUUCAACCUUUUACCGCUUUGGAGAUAUUCAUGGCACUCCCAUUGUUGAGGUUUUGGAUUCCGAUCACGAUAAGGACUUCGUCGUAGCACUCCAAGCUGCUAUUCGAUGCAUCAAGUCCCCCCAGGAGUAUUUGGAACAGGUUCUUACUGAUGCGCUAAUGAAGCACGGAACUGAUGAGGAUGCACUGACUAGAGUCAUAGUAACAAGGGCUGAAAAGGACUUGGGAGAGAUUAAGGAUUUAUUCCACCAGAGACACAGUAAGACCUUGGAGGAAGUUGUGAUCAAGGAAACUCACUGGGACUACGAGCCUUUCCUCCUUGCUUUGCUCGGAAAGGAGAAUCACUAAACUGGAGAUCGAAAACAUUUGACAAUUACAGUGUUAUCACUGUAAUCUCUGUUUCUAGUGGUUCAUCUCUUCUUUUAGCUUGUUUUCUGGGAAUUUUUUACUUCUUCAAUGUUGGUGAGAGACCUUACUUACAACCUUUUCUGCCUUUCAUAUCCUUCUAUAUAUGUGUGCUAUGUAUUGCUGAGAAAUGAGAAUAAUGACAUGUGAUUGUUUUAUUGUUUGAUUA